UGUACUCCUAAUUUACCAUAUUUAUGAUCUUGUUUUGUCACACUUUUAAUACUUUAUUUCUCAUUUUUAAAUAAAUAGGAUUGAUCUUUGUCAUCUUGGACAUUUUAAGGUAUUGCACUUGUUUUGGUAUAUUUUUGAGUUUCAGGAUAAUUCGGGACGUAUAUUAAUUUCUGAAAAGAAAUAAAUAUUACUCCCAAGUGAAGACGGAAAAAUCAUCAAAGUGAAGCGAGUCCUUACUUUAUCUCCGAAAUAUUUAUACAGAGACCCGAAGUUCAUUUCAGAAUAAACCAGACUGUCUACAAUAAAAUGUACCGGUUAACUAUUUGACCAGUUAACUGAUCAAACAGCUAACCGGCCAAAAUAAUCAAGUGGCGGAAGUGGAGCCAAAACUUGGAUGACAAAAUUAUUCACACAUUUGUGAAUAAUGAAGGCUGCCACGUAUGAACAGCUCUCAACAAGAAGGAAAGAAAUAAACCCAUGUAUUGAAUUAUUGGAGAGGGCCUACGAACUGCAAGCUAAUCAAAUUAAAUCAAAGUUGUCUUCUAUCAUACUCCGUAUUUCACUCGGCAAACAGAAGAGCACAGCGGCCGACGAAGAAAAACACACAACUGGACAACGGCCGAUGCUAUUUGCAGAAAGAAAAUGAGAAAUAAGCUUUCACACCAAGAUUCAAUCAAUGGCCGCCCAAAUUCAAUGAUUUUUAUCUUCAUUCGGAGAUAUUUUCUGAUCCAUACCUUCUUUUGCUACUAUAUAAAGGGGUCAUCCAGGAGCUUCAAAGGACACCAAGUAGAUAGAAAUCAUCCUUGUUUCUUUUCUUUAGCUUUGUUUAAUAAAAGUGAUUCUUUCAAGAACACUUCUGUAUGUUUCAGUUCGUAAUUCUCAUUUUCAGAAGUUUAUUUAGCUUUCAAUAUACUCCAUAUUAAUAAUAAAGUUCGUCCAAGAAAUUCACAUUUGGGUUCGAUCAGUGCCAACUUUAUACAAGGAUUCCAGCUUUUUCUGUUCCAGUUCAUCUAUGUUCUUCAUUAUUUAUGCCUUCAGGUUCUUAUUUAAACACUCACUUUAAUUUCUUUAAUCUGUUAAGUUAAUUAUGUCUAGCAUGAAUUUUUACUUUUAUAUUGUUCACUAUAAUUAUGUGUAACUAAAUUAGUUUAGGCUUGGGCAAGAUGUAAAUUUUACAGUUAAUGUUCAUAUGAUAAUAAUUGGUUAAAACUUUUACUUGGUUAAUUUUAGGGUGUUGGGUUGAAUGUUCUAAUCUGCUAAAUACAUUAUAUUGGGAAACGAAAAUUAUCACGGGAGUGGAGUUUCAUUAAAAAUCCCUUUAGUUAAUUCACCCACUAAAUUGCUACACAGAAGUGUUAAGGAAUUUAGGAUAAUUUGAUUUUGUACUUUUUACUGUCUUAAUAAAAUUACCGCGGGAGCGGAAUUAAUUUAAGAUAGUGUAAUCAACUAAGUCGUGGGAACGAUUAGAAGAUUACCAUUUGAAAAUCUUUCACACACCUAAAAGUAACCAAGUUAAUCAGUUAAAUCUUUAUUAUUAUGAACAUGAUAAUAAAAUCACUCUUAGCCCAAGCCUAAUUUUCACUAUAUCAUUAAUUGUUAAAUUAUCAAGUAUUGUGAUUUAUUUUAUUUCCUAGCAAUUUCACAUUUAUAAAAACAAGAUAAAAAAAUCUGUUCACUUAGCUCCAUUGCAAAAUGUUAUCAAUUUGUGAUUAGCUAAAAAUCAAUCAUUAAUUCUAGUUCUCUUUGUGAGCCAUUCUCUAGUGGAACGAUACUCACUUACUCUAUACUAUAUCGUUACAAGCCAAUUAAAACAUCAUUUCCAUUCACAUUUUUACACCAUUUCACACUACAUUUUUUGGCCUGUCACGAUUUUGGCGCCGUUGCCGGGGAAUGACAUAGUUUUAUUGAUUGAUUAUUAGUUAAUAUUCGUGUUUGUUUUUAUUUAUUUGGAGACUAAGUGUUUUUAUUUCCUGUUAUCAUCACUUGUUUUUAGUUUCCAAUUGUAAAAAAAAAAGUAGUGUAUGCAUACUCGCUCUCAAGGGAGUGAAGGAUUGCAACCACUUAACCUUGAUUUUGAAAAAGAAUUAAGGAAAAGAAGAAAGGCCCAAAUCCUUGAACUUAAAAUUCCAAAUCAGAUCAUGGAGGACCUUCACAACAAUCCCAAUAAUCCAAAUAGCCAAAACCAAAUUUCAAAUCCAAAUCCAAAUCCAAAUCCUACGCCACCACAAAAUACCCCUAUAAAUACACCCAUUGAUACUCCUAGAGAUAGACAUAAUCCUUUCUUUGGAGAUCAAAGACCCCCUGGAUUUGAAAAUUUCCAACAAAUUCCUCCUCUAACACAACCCAACCCUUAUCCACCACAUCCCUACCAAAACUACCAAAUUCACCAAAACCAACCUCCACCAUAUCCAUACACAUACCCUUAUCCUUACCCACCUCCUCCAUUUAUGCACCCAUAUCAACCUCACCCAUAUGGCCAAUACUACCAACACCCACAAAAUCAACAAGGUCAAGGGCAAUACAUAAGACAACAACAACAGGGCAGAAGACUUCUUGAUUAUGUUGCAGGUGAAAUUGAGGAACAAGAUAGCAUUCUCUAUCCAGGUGUGGAUGCAGCAAAUUUUGAGAUCAAACCAGCACUUAUCUCAUUGGUAUCGGCCAACAAAUUUGGCGGAUCUAAGAAUGAAGAUCCAACGAGCCAUGUGAAACAGUUUUUGAGAGUUCUCCAAACUCUUAAACUAAAUGGAGCCUCUGUUGAUGCCAUCAGACUCAGAUUGUUCCCAUUCUCACUGAGGGAUGAAGCAUUGAGUUGGUUGAACUCUAAACCAUCCGGUUAUUUCAACACAUGGGAGAAGUUGCAUAGAGAUUUCAUGAAGGAGUUCUAUCCUCCUUCUAAGGCAUCAAAAAUGAAGAAACUGAUCCAACAAUUCAGACAACAACCAUCAGAAUCUCUUUAUGAAUCAUGGAAGAGAUUUAAAGAUCUUCAAGUUCAAUAUCCACAUCAUAAUAUGAGCGUGGGUGAUCUCAUUGUCUCAUUUUAUGAGGGAUUACAAGAUAAUUCCAAAAUUGUUGUUGAUGCCUCUGCUAAUGGAGCUUUCAUGGAGCUUGAUCCCGAAACAGGCAAAGAGAUGCUUGAAAAAAUUUGCAACAACAGUGCAUCAUGGUAUUCUGAAAGAUCCACUCAAAAGCUAGGAGCAGGAAUUUAUGAGGUUGACCAAACAACAGCUUUAACAGCAAAGGUUGAUUCUCUCACAACCAUGGUUCAAAAGCUCACUGAGAAGCAAUCAUCAUCAACUUCUAGCGCAGCAACAAAUCCAUCAUCAUCUGUAGCUCAAGCUUUGUUCUGUGAACUCUGUGGGGGAGGGCAUUCUUUUAAAGAAUGUAAUUUUCUUGAACUUACACAAAAUGUUCCUUUUAGCCCCACAGUAGAACAAGCUGAUGCUAUAUAUGGUAGACCUCAAGUACCAUAUCAAGGAAACUAUAAUCCUCAAGGGAAGACACAUCCAGGAUUUUCAUGGAGUAAUUCAUCAGGUGCAGCAAAUCCAUCUUUUCCAUCCAAACCAACACCUCCUGGAUUUCAAAAUCAGCAAGGAUUCAGAGGAAACCAAAACAACCAACAAUUGAGGGGAAAUCAAGGGUACCAAAAUCCUCAAGGUUAUCCACCGCAACAACAAUUGCCACCACCACCACAACAACAAUUCGUUGGAGUUAAUGAUUUCCAACAGAUGAUGCAAGGAAUUACUAAUCAAUUCUCUCAACUCACAACUCAACUCAAUCAAAUUCAAGCUCACAACAAAAUGUUAGAGAGCCAAAUUGCUAGUUUUGCUUCACCAUCAACUAGCAAAGCUCAAGGAAAGUUGCCUGCCUACUCUGAACAUCCCAAGGAGAAUGUCAAUGCAGUCACUACAAGGAGUGGAAAACAACUUUCUGAUCCACCACUUAUAGUUGAGAAAGAAAAGAUUCCUGAAAAGGAGGCUUCACCAUCAAAGGAAAAUAAUGAAGAAGAUCUUACUUCUUCUGCAAAUGAAGGUUUAAAAAAGGUAGUGCAACCAUAUGCUCCACCUUUACCAUUUCCUCACAGAGCAAAGAAGAACACAAUUGAUGAGAGGAGGGAUAAAUUCCUUAAAUGGAUCGGUGAGUUGAACACAACAAUCCCGCUUCUUGAUGCUCUAAAACAUAUGCCUUCAUAUUCCAAAUUUCUGAAGGAAAUUCUGUCAAACAAAAAGAAGUUCGAGGAGAAAGCUACAAUAGCCAUGAGCGAGGGAUCCAGUGCUAUCAUUCAGAAGAAACUUCCAGAAAAAUUGAAGGAUCCAGGUAGCUUUACUAUACCAUGCAUAAUUGGAGGGUUCAUGGUCAACAAAGCUUUAUGCGACCUUGGGGCUAGUGUUAGCCUUAUCCCUUAUUCUAUGAGCAAGCGCCUUAGUCUUGGUAUUCCCAAGGCUACUUCAAUGACCAUUCAGCUUGCUGACCGAUCUGUUAAGCACCCUGUUGGUGUUCUUGAAGACAUUCCUGUACAGGUUGGGAAAUAUUUCAUCCCUUGUGACUUUGUCGUCCUAGACAUGGAUGAAGAUGAACGAGUACCUGUCAUAUUGGGAAGACCUUUCUUGGCCACUGCUGGUGCCAUCAUUGAUGUUAAAAAAGGUACGUUAAUAAUUGAAGUGGGGGAUGAAAGGGUUGAAUUCAAUAUUUUCCAAAUGGCGAGAAAUCCUGCAUGUGUGGAAGAUUGUUGGAGGGUUGAUAUAGUUGAUGAAUGUGUGAGAGACUUCAUGGGAUUCUUUCACAAUGAUCCUAUGGAAGUUUAUGAUGUGGAGGAAAUUGAAAAUAAUCAUGAGGGAGAAGAGUUAGUUGAGUGUGUAAAAAACAAAGAGAGUUGUAAAAAGAAUCAUGAGGGGAAGGAAGUGGAGAAACUUGUGAGAGAAGAAUUGAGGGAGGCUAACAACACAAAAGAACCACCCACAGUUGAGUUGAAGCCUUUACCAUCACACCUAAGAUAUGCUUAUCUUGGUGAAAACUCUACUUACCCAGUGAUAAUUAGCACUAAGUUGAACGAGGAGGAAGUAGACAAGUUGUUGACCCUGCUGAGAAAACACAAACGGAUCAUUGGAUACUCCAUUGAUGAUCUAAUUGGCAUCAGUGCUAACUAUUGUAUGCACAGAAUAUAUCUUGAAGAAGGUUGCAAACCAGUGGUUGAACAUCAAAGGAGGCUCAACCCUAACAUGAAGGAUGUUGUGAAGAAAGAAGUUAUCAAACUUCUUGAUGCCGGAAUCAUUUACCCUAUCUCGGACAGCAGAUGGGUAAGUCCAAUCCAUGUUGUACCAAAGAAAGGAGGUUUCACAGUUGUUCCUAAUGAGCACAAUGAGCUCAUUCCUACUCGUUUGGUCACGGGAUGGAGAAUGUGCAUCGAUUACAGGAAACUGAACAAAGUCACAAAUAAGGAUCAUUAUCCUUUACCUUUCAUAGAUCAGUUGCUUGAAAGGAUGGCAAACCAUAGCCAUUAUUGCUUUCUAGAUGGAUUCUCAGGAUAUUUUCAAAUCAUGAUCCAUCCAGAUGAUCAAGAAAAGACUACCUUCACGUGUGCCUAUGGUACAUUUGCUUUUCGAAGAAUGUCAUUUGGCCUAUGUAAUGCACCCGGAACAUUCCAACGGUGUAUGAUGGCCAUAUUCUCAGAUCUUAUUGAAGAAAUCAUGGAGGUAUUCAUGGAUGAUUUCUCUGUUUAUGGGACCUCAUUUGGUUCUUGCUUGGAUAAUCUUGAUAAAGCACUGACUCGUUGCCAAGAGGCAAAUCUUGUUCUAAACUGGGAGAAGUGUCAUUUCAUGGUAACAGAGGGAAUUGUUCUUGGUCAUAAGAUUUCAUCUAAAGGCAUUGAAGUGGAUCCAGCAAAGAUCGAGGUGAUCGAGAAGUUACCACCGCCAACAUCUGUUAAAGGCAUCCGAAGUUUUCUAGGGCACGCCGGAUUCUAUCGGCGAUUCAUCAAGGAUUUUGCUAAUAUUGCAAAACCACUUACGAGACUCCUGUCCAAAGAGGUUGAGUUUAUCUUUGACGAUGCUUGUCUUAAUUCCUUUUGCAAAAUUAAGAAAGCAUUAUGUUCUGCACCUGUCAUUCAACCACCAAAUUGGAGCAUGCCUUUCAUCCUAAUGUGCGAUGCCAGUGACUAUGCUGUAGGAGCCAUGUUGGGACAGAAACAAGGCCGGUGCAUACAUGCAAUUUAUUAUGCAAGCCAUACUCUCGAUGAUGCCCAACAAAACUAUGCCACAACAGAAAAAGAACUACUCGCUGUUGUCUUUGCCAUAGAGAAGUUCAGGUCAUAUCUUGUUGGAAGCAAAGUGAUAGUUUACACUGAUCACUCAGCUCUAAAGUACCUAUUUGCGAAGAAGGAGGCCAAGCCACGACUUAUUAGAUGGGUGUUGCUACUACAGGAGUUUGAUAUUGAGAUCCUUGACAAAAAAGGGUCUGAAAAUGUCAUUGCUGAUCACCUGUCCAGAAUUGAGCCACACACAGAAAAUGAAACAGCCACAGUAUUACCCAUUGAUGAUUCAUUGACGGGAGAAUAUUUGCUCUCUAUCAAGCACUUUUCUCCUUGGUAUGCUGAUUGGGUUAAUUACCUUGUCAGUGGUUAUAUUCCUUCUGAAUUCUCAUGGUCCCAAAAGAAAAAGUUCUUACAUGAUGCUCACUCUUAUUUUUGGGAUGAACCACUAUUAUUCAAGAGAUGUGCUGAUGGAAUUGUUCGAAGAUGCAUCCCAGAAGAUGAAUUUGAGGCUAUCCUUUAUCAUUGUCAUUCAUCACCAUAUGGUGGUCAUUUCGGAUCCACAAGGACUUCAGCAAAAGUCCUACAGUCAGGUUUCUAUUGGCCUACAUUGUUCAAAGAUUCUCAAAUGUAUGUAAAAAGAUGUGAUCGAUGCCAACGCACAGGAUCUAUUGGCCGUCGAAAUGAAAUGCCGCAAUCCGGAAUACUUGAAGUUGAACUCUUCGAUGUAUGGGGAAUGGACUUUAUGGGACCAUUUCCCAGCUCAUGUGGCAAUUCUUACAUUCUUGUGGCUGUGGACUAUGUCUGGAAAUGGAUUGAAGCGAUUGCUAGUCCAACCAAUGAUUCCAAGGUUGUGGUCCGAUUUGUAAAGAAAUUUAUUUUCUCAAGGUUUGGAGUUCCCAGGGCCUUCAUCACAGAUAAUGGUACACACUUUUGCAAUAAACAACUUGAGAAACUUUUGCUCAAGUAUGGUGUUAAUCACAAAGUGUCUACUCCGUACCAUGCACAAACUAGUGGCCAAGUUGAACUCUCAAAUAGGGAAAUUAAAUCAGUCCUUGAGAAAGUUGUCAAUCCCACAAGGAAAGAUUGGUCCCUCCGAUUAGAUGAUGCUUUAUGGGCCUAUCGUACUGCAUAUAAGACUCCCAUUGGGACAUCGCCGUUCAAAUUGGUGUAUGGGAAGUCUUGUCACUUACCAGUGGAGAUUGAACACAAAGCAUUUUGGGCUAUCCAAAGCCUAAACCUUGACUACACUUUGGCAGGGAAAAAGAGGCUAUUACAAUUGAAUGAACUUGAAGAAUUCAGACUUGAUGCCUUUGAGAAUGCCCGACUUUACAAGGAAAGAGCAAAGAAAUGGCAUGACGGAAGAAUCCUUAGGAGAGACUUUUCUCCUGGGGAUAGUGUGCUACUAUUCAACUCAAGGCUGAAACUCUUUCCAGGAAAGCUGAAAUCAAAAUGGUCUGGACCUUUCAAAGUUAUCAAAGCCUUUCCAUCUGGGGCAAUCAUUCUGGAGGCCAAUGAUGGGAGACAAUUCACUGUCAAUGGCCAAAGAGUUAAGCAAUACCAUGAAGGUGAUGACACAAAGGAGAAACUCACUGUUCAUCUGGAUGAUCCUCCUUACGAGUAAACCACCCAGGUAAUGUCGGGCACACGACGUUAAAAAUAGCGCUUCUUGGGAGGCAACCCAAGCUUAUUUACUUGCAUUUGAAUGUGUGUUUUGCUUGUGUGUUUGCAUUGAAUAAUUUUAUUUUCCCACCCAUUUACUCAUCCACCUUGUAUAUAUUUGUCACAUCGAGGACGAUGUUUCAUCCUAAGUGUGGGGGAAGAAUAUGCAUGUUUGUUUGUUUGUGAAUUGCCUUAUCAUCAGUAUAACGUUCAAAUCAUGCAUUCUAUUCUUUCACAUGGUAUGUGGAUUGUUGGCUGGACUUGUCUCUUAAUAAUUGGAUUUAGAAUUAUAAUUUUUGAGCAUUGAGUAAAAUUUUGGUCAAAUUUUAAACUUUUUACAAACACAAAACAUCUCAUGCACGUAAAUGGUUAUCUAGUGAAUUGUUGUUCAAUAUGUUUAAAAUUGUGCAAAACAAGAGUGCUAUGUGCUUUUAUUUUCCUUGACAUGAUUUUCUGACUCAGCACAUUAGGAAAUGAUAUAGGCCAUUUUUCAUAAACCCAUAUACCUAGCCUUACCCAUGUGAUUAAUAUCCCUUGUUCACCCCCUUUGAGCCAUUUUUUUAAUAAGCGUUAUACGCUUAACCCUGCUUUUCUUAUUUUCUUUCAUAAAAACCUGUUAUAUGUGACCCUUAGCCUAAAAGCCAAACACUUUCCAACCACCCCAAAAUGACUUGCAUAAAUUUUAAUGAGUUUAGAGAGUGUCAUUCACAUUUAGGGAGCUUUAAUAAUUACAUUUUUGUGAUUACAUAGUUGUUAAUAUUCAUUUAUGGGGGUAGUUGUUCUUGUUGUAUUAUCAUUGUACAUAUUAUUCUUGUAAAUUCUUAUGUUUAGAAGCACUAAAAAGCCUUGAAAAAAAACAAAAAAUCAAAAAAAAAAAAAACAAAAAAAAACGAGAAAAAAAAAAACAAAAAAAAAACAGAAAAAAAGGAAAAUGAAAAAAAAAAAGAAAAAAAAAUCUAAACAAGGCUAAUUAUCCAUGUAUAUGCUUCUCUCUUUUGUAUAUAUUUUUUUUGUACAUUAAUUUACUCUUUUUACUAGUUACUAGUUUACUACCCCUAACUGUUAAAAAAUAACAAGUGUUGUAUAGAUUAUUGUCAAAAGCUCCUACUCAUUACUUAGUACCUCUCUAAAUUUGUUAAAUUUAUGUCAAGUACAUUUCUUAAUUCCCUUUGUUCAUAAGCCUAUCCCACAGACCCCAUUAUAACCCAAUGUUAAAAGUCCUAAUUGAUCCUAAUUGUGUUUUGUCUGAAAUAAGUUGAUAGGAGAAUCUUAUUUUGCAUAAUUUUGCAUGGUUGAACAAACGAAGCUAGAUUCCAUUUUCACACCACACACUUUGUGUUUGUUAGAGUUGAGAUUUGACCAAAACGUUUCAAAUGAUAUGCAAAAUAUUUUUAUGAUUCUCACUUCUCUUAUUUUGUGACAAGUCAAGGGAAUUUGAUUGACCAGGUGGAGUGAAAGUAAAGUGUGCAUGAUUUGAGGAUUACACAUAUGAUUGGGCAAUUCAUUUUUGCAUGCUCGUUUGCUUGUGUGAAAUGUAAAUAUUUUUGCUUGAGGACAAGCAAAAUCUCAAGUAUGGGGGAGUUGAUGUACUCCUAAUUUACCAUAUUUAUGAUCUUGUUUUGUCACACUUUUAAUACUUUAUUUCUCAUUUUUAAAUAAAUAGGAUUGAUCUUUGUCAUCUUGGACAUUUUAAGGUAUUGCACUUGUUUUGGUAUAUUUUUGAGUUUCAGGAUAAUUCGGGACGUAUAUUAAUUUCUGAAAAGAAAUAAAUAUUACUCCCAAGUGAAGACGGAAAAAUCAUCAAAGUGAAGCGAGUCCUUACUUUAUCUCCGAAAUAUUUAUACAGAGACCCGAAGUUCAUUUCAGAAUAAACCAGACUGUCUACAAUAAAAUGUACCGGUUAACUAUUUGACCAGUUAACUGAUCAAACAGCUAACCGGCCAAAAUAAUCAAGUGGCGGAAGUGGAGCCAAAACUUGGAUGACAAAAUUAUUCACACAUUUGUGAAUAAUGAAGGCUGCCACGUAUGAACAGCUCUCAACAAGAAGGAAAGAAAUAAACCCAUGUAUUGAAUUAUUGGAGAGGGCCUACGAACUGCAAGCUAAUCAAAUUAAAUCAAAGUUGUCUUCUAUCAUACUCCGUAUUUCACUCGGCAAACAGAAGAGCACAGCGGCCGACGAAGAAAAACACACAACUGGACAACGGCCGAUGCUAUUUGCAGAAAGAAAAUGAGAAAUAAGCUUUCACACCAAGAUUCAAUCAAUGGCCGCCCAAAUUCAAUGAUUUUUAUCUUCAUUCGGAGAUAUUUUCUGAUCCAUACCUUCUUUUGCUACUAUAUAAAGGGGUCAUCCAGGAGCUUCAAAGGACACCAAGUAGAUAGAAAUCAUCCUUGUUUCUUUUCUUUAGCUUUGUUUAAUAAAAGUGAUUCUUUCAAGAACACUUCUGUAUGUUUCAGUUCGUAAUUCUCAUUUUCAGAAGUUUAUUUAGCUUUCAAUAUACUCCAUAUUAAUAAUAAAGUUCGUCCAAGAAAUUCACAUUUGGGUUCGAUCAGUGCCAACUUUAUACAAGGAUUCCAGCUUUUUCUGUUCCAGUUCAUCUAUGUUCUUCAUUAUUUAUGCCUUCAGCCAUAAGGAACAAAAGAGAUUGCUACAAAAAGCUGGGGACAAGUCGAAAUGAUGAGAACAUAGAAGCAUACAAGGAGGCUAGAAGACAAGCAAAGAAAGCCAUAAAGGAAGCACAAGGGAAAGUGAACAAGGAGUUGUAUGAAAAAUUGGACUCUAAGGAAGGAGAACAAGAUAUCUAUAGACUUGCUCAUCUUCAUGAUCGCGGGACUCAAGGUAUCGAAAAACUUAAGUGUGUGAAGGAUAUCGAUCAAAAGAUAUUAAUGGAGAAUAGAGAGAUAAAAGAGAGGCGGAGGUCAUACUUUGAUACAUUGUUCAACAGGAACAAAGUGCAAGAUAUCGGUGAUUUGACCAUACCGGAUUGUAUGGUAAAUCGUGAUUUUGUGAGAAGGAUCCAACCAACGGAAGUUAAAGAGGCUCUGAGGAAGAUGGGGCGGAAGAAAGUAGUGGGUCCAGAUGACAUACCGAUCGAGGCUUUGAGAAGUUUGGGAGAGAGAGGCAUCAGGUGGUUAACAAAUUUCUUCAACAAGAUUUGGAGAAACAACAAGAUGCCAACGAGUUGGAGAAAGAGUACUCUUAUUCCCUUAUUUAAGAAUAAAGGUGAUGUACAAGAAUGUGCCAACUAUCGAGGGAUUAAGCUUAUGAGUCAUACCAUGAAACUUUGGAAGCGAGUGAUUGAGCAAAGACUUCGAAGAACGGUGAAGAUUUCAGAGAAUCAAUUCGGUUUUAUGCCUGGUUGCUCAACAACUGAAGCUAUUCACCUUCUUCGGCAACUUAUGGAGAAGUAUAACGCUCACAAAGAUUUGCAUUUAGUGUUCAUUGACUUAGAAAAGUCAUAUGAUGGGGUACCUUGGGAAGUUCUUUGGUGGGCCUUAACUAGACAAGGUAUUUCAUGCAAGUAUAUCAGCAUCAUCAUGGAUAUGUAUGAGGAUUGUACUACAAGUGUCCGUACUAGUGUAGGGAGGACUGCAGAGUUCCCUAUUACUAUCGGAGUGCACCAAGGAUCGGCUCUGAGCCCUUUUUAUUUGCCAUAAUCAUGGAUGAACUUACAAAGUCAAUUCAAGACGAUAUACCGUGGUGCAUGAUGUUUGCCGACAAUAUUGUUUUGAUUGAUGAGACGCAAUCAGGGGUUAAAGCAAAGUUGGAAAUAUGGCGACAAACAGUGGAGAACAAGGGUUUCAGACUAAGUACGAGCAAGACAGAGUACAUGGAGUGCAAGUUUGGUGGAGGUAGAAGCAGCGGUAAUAACGGAAUUACUUUAGAUGGUAAGGAGAUACCGGUCAACGACAUGUUCCGUUACUUGAGCUCCAUAAUUCAGAAGGACGGUGAGUUAGAUAGAGAUCAGAUGUAUCCCAUAGAAUCAGAACAGGGUGGAUAAAGUGGAAGAGUGCGUCAGGAUUUCUAUGUGAUCGAGAUGUCUUAGGGAUUGCAAGUGCUUCAUGUAAUGGGCGUGAUGUGUGUUCACCGUUUGAGAUGCCACCAUGCGGGAAUUCUACCAACUGUCGUUGCAUCCCUUGGGGGCUGGUUGCUGGUCAGUGCAUAACCCCUCGACUAGCGUCUGUUGCUAAGAGGAUCGAAGACCAUCCAAACUUAUGCCAGUCCAAUGAAGAAUGCUUCAAAAAGGGAAGCGGUGAUUUUUGUGGUCGUUACCCUAAUCCUCACAUCGACUAUGGAUGGUGUAUCAACUCCUCUUACAGUAAUAAUUAUGAGGACUCAUCACAAAAUGGGUUUUUGAAGAUGAUGACUACCACUUUAUAAUUAGGUGACAACUCCGGUAUCCUUUUAAAAAAUGGGGUACCGUACCUAACAUUCAUUUGAUUGGACCACAUCACUUAAUCAUUUUUAAUUUAGAUUUAAAUAAUUUAACUGCAACAUUCACAUUGGUACAUGUGGACAAAGGUAUGGUACCUUAUGGGUACCAUAGAAUCUACCUUAUAAUUAAGUCGCCCCGGUACUAAUUAUAAUUAUAUGUAUCCAUCUCUGGCCCAUUGAUAAUAAUAAUAAUAGUCAAAUUACAUCUUAUACGGAGUAUAUGUAUUGGACGUGUA